AUGAAGCGCGCGCGGGUGGACGCGCGUGGGCGCGACGUGCACGAUGUCGCACCGAGCGAUGAUGAUGAUGACGACGACGACGCGACGCGAGAGACGGCGACGACGAUCGCGCUCGCGCGCGCGGCGUCGCGGGCGCGACGGGCGUCGACGUGGCUCGAUGCGGGUGGACGCGCGCGGGACGAGGGGUCGAGGGUGGAGAUUAAUUUCCCGACGAGCGGCGAGGAGUACGCGCGGUUGUUGCUCGAGUCGAGCGCGCGGGAGAGCGUGCGAGGGACGAUCGAACGGAAACUCACGGGCGAUAGGGGGGAAGAGGAAUGGGAGGUGUCGGCGGUGAUCGUGCCGGAGACGGAGGGGGUGGAUGAGGACGGCGACGCGGCGGCGGCGGCGUCGGAGGAGACGGCGGCGGCGGGGACGUGGGUGCAGUCGUACGACGCCGAGAGCGAUGCGUUUUAUUACUUUCACUCGGAGACGCAGGAAACGAGUUGGGAUCGUCCGAUUGGGGUGAAGAUAAUCCUCGACGAAGUCGCGGCGGAGAAGGUGGCGAAGGAUGAGGCGGAGAAGAAGACGCGAGAGGAAGAGACGCGAGAGCGCGCGUACGCCGAGGCGAGGACCGACGCCGAGGUCACGGGCGACGCCCUGGAUGCGCUGAAGAAGCACACGUCCGUGGACGUCGCGGCGGUGAAGCUUCCUGGGUUGAAGUCUUGGUACUACGAGGAUGAUUACAAGAAUUGGCAAGGGCCGUUCACCGCGGCGCAGUUGAUGACGUGGCGCUCGAUGCUUCCCAUGGAUCUUCGAUUGUUCGAACACGGAGACGAGUCGGCGGAGACGACGCUCGCGGAAGUUUUAGGAGAUACGCCGAUCGCAGCGCAGUGCGCGGCGUUGGGGAUCGUUUUACCGCCACGGGCGACGGCGGCGCACGCGCAGUACGCGCUUCGAACGGGUCGGGCCGAAGCGCUCGCGCCCGAGACGGAGCCGGGGACGUCUGAUGAGGCACCAAACGAUUGGGCGCGCGCAGUUCUCGAGGGAUUACCUCCGGAGCAAGCCAUCAUGCGCGGCGCCGAUCCCGCGGAGGUGGCUCGAAAGGUUUUGGAGAAACGAGCCGCCGAACUCGAGUCCUCUUACGGGACCACCGCGGUGUACAACAAGUUCCUUCACAAGAUCACGGACGCUUCGACGAUCGCGAAACCAACGUCGGUUUACGCCGAUAUAGGGUUAGAUAAUUACGUCGACACGAACUCGUUCGAAGCCGCGCUGUACGAAAUGAAGAACCGCAAAUCCGUCAAGCUGACGAGGAAACAAAUCGAAAAGCUCAAGGAGCGUAAGCGCAAGAUCAAAGACAAGUUCAACAACGAGUGGCUGCGUAAAGACGACUGA